GAAGCGGAAGUGCAACCGGAAGCCCUGGUGGCUAGGUCCCUUUUGCCGGCCACUUCACCGGUGUUUUUUUUUUUUGGCGGGGGGAGAGCGGCCGGCCCCCCUCCCUUGCGAGGAGGAUGCUCUUGGCCUCGCGCGGGUGGGGGCGGCACCUCGGGGUGGUCUGGCUACUCGCCUUCCUUGCGGCAGCAGAAAUAGAAGAAACUUCUGACCUGCUAUCAGAAGAACUAAGUGAAACUACCCUACCAUUAAAUUCGGAAAGCACUUCUGUCCAUUCAAGCAGCGAUGGACACAGAGAAUCGGUACAGUAUAGGACUGCAGAAAUUGCUGAUGCUAUGAUGAGUGGUAGCCUUCUUGCAGACCAUCAUGUUGUAUUGUCUGUUAUUCCAAGCGACACAAAGGAGACACAUCUCUCUGAAGCAGACACGGGUACUUGUGAUGCAUCAUCAGAUGGUGAAUGCCGUACGAAUAACAUAGCAUCUGUAUCUCAGCAAGUGUCUCAUUCACAAGAGCCAAUAGUACAUCCAGCAGUAGUGCUGGAAGCAGUGCAUCCUUCAUCAGCAGAGGACUCAAAUAACACAGAUGGUAUGAAAACCCCAAAAGUGAACUGUGAGGAAAGAAACAUUACAGGAAUGACAAAUUUCACAUUACAGAUUUUGAAUAUUUCCCAAGAUUUAAUGGAAUUUUUAAAUCCAAAUGGCAGUGACUGCACGUUGGUCUUAUUUUAUACCCCUUGGUGUCGUUUUUCUGCCAAUUUGGCUCCUCAUUUUAAUUGUCUGCCACGAGUGUUCCCAACACUUCAUUUCUUAGCCUUGGAUGCCUCCCAACAUAGCAGUUUAUCAACUCGGUUUGGAACUGUGGCUGUUCCUAACAUCCUCCUUUUUCAAGGUGCUAAGCCAAUGGCGAGAUUUAAUCAUACAGAUAGAACUCUGGAAACAUUGAAAGCAUUUAUUUUUAAUCAGACCGGUAUACAACCUAAAUCUGAUGUGAUGGUGAGCAUGGAAGAUCAUGUUGGUCCCCUGCCUAGCACACAGAGUAAAGGAAUAGAUUGGCUCCUCUUGUUUUCUUUAUUGUUUCUUAUCAGUUUUAUCAUGUAUGCUACUAUUCGGACAGAAAGCAUCCGUUGGUUAAUACCUGGACACGAUCAGGAGCAUCAGGAGUGAUAUGUGAUUUGAGUACUGUCUGCUUUCAGAAUAAGUUGAUAAACUUGUGAAUUCCUUAGUGUUUUGUGAGUCCUGUUAUGUUUAUUGCAUAUUAAAAAAGACGUACAAACAAUGAA